UGGACAGAGGCAAAAUUCAAUUUUAGAUGGCAAGACAGAAAUUUUAAAGUUACAAUUUUUUUUUUUUUAUUAUUGUGAUGGUUCUUUCACUUAGCAACGAGAAAGAUUUUUUUUUCAUAAAACACAAAGCAUUUCAGUUCUGGCCCCACUUCAGCUUUUCAGAGGGCUUUAAUCGGUAUUUUUUCAUUAUUUAGUCCAACCUUCUAAACUUUAAAAGAUGGAUUAGGGUUAUUAUUUUUCUGUUAGAGCAACCUGUUGAUUGCAGUCUGCUGGCUGGAGGUUGUUAACUCUUUCCUAACACGGAAAUGCACAGGAGUAAAUUUGAUGAAAGGAUAAAAGAAUCAAAAUCCUUUGAGGUUUUUAAGCACUAAAAAUCCUAUUUUGUCCUUAUUUUCAAGCCACCAAACCUGUUAAAAACCAAUAGAUAUGUUAGAUAUGUUUCUUUUUAGAAAUAGUGAUGUAAAUCUAAACUAGAGACAUAUAAUAAACUAGAAAGCAUUUCUUGUGGCUGGAGCUGAGAAAAGUAGCACUGUAAGAAGUAGAAAAGGAAAUAUUCUUAAUACAAAUUGCAUGAAGAGAUCAAAAAGGCCAAUACAGUGUUUACUUACACAUUAAAAUGUAUUUUAGGUAACAAUAUUUUUACUGAUUUAAGCCUUUGGAAUGUUUUCAUUUAUGGAUAUUCAAGAAGAGGAACAUAGGAAAAUACAGAAAACUGUAUAAUAAUGAUAAAACCAGUUGCUGCUAUUCUGGAACAAAGGGAAGGUAAAGCAGAUCCUCUUCUUCCUAAAAUAUUUUAAUACUGUAUUCUGGUACAGUAUUUACAGAAAUACUAACCCAACCUAACCAGCUUUGCUGAUAUUAUACAAUUGUGGAAGUGUCAAAAAUAUUUGUCCUUAGGAUAUGAUACAAGAAUUUCUAAGUUCCCCCAGCAGGUUUUCCAGUGGCUUUGUACUUAAAUAACGCAUGAAGCAGGGUGAAACUUCAGAACAAUGAUUGUACCAAGCAGCAAGAUUUUCCAAAGGCAGAAUUUGAGAUGUUACCAUGGAAAGACUCUAAAGGUUUCAGAAGAUUAUGGAAUUAAACACUUUUAGCCUGAUUCUGCAGGGGACUGAGGCUCCCAACUUUGCUCAGGAGGUACUGGCAGUGUGCAGGUUGCGGGUGGAACUGGCAGAGUUGUGGGAUCAGACACAUCCCUUAAGAACAGGGGGAAAGGUGAACUCGGUACUUCUGUUAUGAGGCAUUUCAAGAUAUGAAGUCAAACUGAGAAAAGAGCAAAGGUAGAAAUAGUUUUUAAGUAAAACAAGAUUAACAGUCAUUUCUGGACUAACCAGAAAAUGUGUCGGUUCCAUUUUGCUUGUUUGAAUUGAGGAUAAAAACCUCCAGACCUGGGGUACACUCACAAACAUUUUGCUUCCAUCACAGAAGGAGUGUUUAAAGCAUCUGCAAAAAGUUUAUUUCAGACCCUAGGAUUCACUAAGACUUUAUGAUGUUAAGAUUGAAGUAGAAGUUUUGUGUGGUCUAUCAAGGGAGUUGUGCUGGCUGUCAGUGUUGGAUGAGCAACUGGAAAUGAUAAUCCCACUGUCUGUAUCUUCCUCUGACAGUAAGAUACUGUGUGCUGCUCUCACCAUCACUGCCCUCACAGGAAAAAUUAAUAAUUAGCAAUCUUGGAGGAUAUUUUCAUUUAACUUUGCAAAGUUCAUUAAAAUGUGUAGUUGCAGGAUCUUCAGAAUCUAUUUCCUCACCAGCACAGGAAGAAUGUUCAUUGCUGCUUUCACUUGCUCACACCCCUGACAAAACUCUGUAGGUUCUUUGAAGGAUACAGGGUUUGAAACACCUGGGGUGGGACCUUUUCCACUUGGGACCCAGAAAUGUGUACCAAUGGUGUGUGGGUUUAACUCCUCAAAUCCCGAUGGGGACAUGGAUUGAGAGAGGAGUGUAGCCCCAGAACUCCCUCCUGUGCAGCAUCUGACAGUGGGCUCAGCUUUGUGCACAGUUUAAAUUGACACUUUGCUGUGUAUUGAGACAGCUGACGUUAGCUGAGUUUCUCUGAACAGGAAAAUAUUUUGAACUUAAAUGAAUAUAAGUAAUCUUGCAUAGAGAUUGCAGCUGAGGAAGCAAAACACAUAAGUAGAUUGAUUAGAAAGAGGAAACAAAAAUCACUUAAUUUCAAACAGAACUGGUGCAGUGUAAUACUGGUGCUCUGUGUUUUGUUACUUCUAGCCAUUGCAGCCUGUUUAUCCACAUAAAUGGGAAGAAUCACAGGAUGCUGUGAAGGACCCUGAUUCCAGAGUCACUUAGUCAAGGUUUAGAAAUUUUAGAUCAAGCUUCAAAAGGUUCUGCUAUACCCUGAAAUCUCUCUGAUAGUGGCAAAUAUCCAGACAGCCACUCACUUCUGUUGUAACUUGCUUUAAUUAAUUAUUGCCUCCUUAAGCCUCUCAGGGUAAGCAGUUUGCAGUUUUAGCAUUUGGAAUUUGAUACUGAGUGAUCUAAAUAAUUAAUUUUAAAUGCUUAUACAUGUUUUCAAUUUGUUACUAGGUCCAGCAUACUGCUGCAAUUUAAGUACUGUUUAAAUUAAGUGUCCCUUUUAAGCAAAUUUACCUUAACUUAAUAAUAGUCAGUCUUAAAGUCUUAUAAAAUAUAAUGGGCUCCAGAAAUGUGAUCAAACUGAAGACAAACUAAUUUUGACUGGUUAUGUAAAAUGCCCAUAAUCAUCUGUUUGUAUGAUUUGAUUCAUGCCAGUGUUCUAUUAUAAGAUGCGCAUCUUUUUUCCCCGUUGGUUUGUUGACUGUAGCAUGCAGUAAUCCUCCAGAAGAUCUCACUUAGAGGUGAGAACACAUUCCUUUAGGAAAGUAUCUCCCAGCAGAGCUGAAACUAUUUGCUGUAUGUAAUUCUCUCCAUCUGGACAGACUGAGUCUGUAGAGCAGAAGCAUGAGUCACUGUAAAGUAGUUCAGAAUGUCAAGUAUUUUCUAGAUUCACAGAUUUUAAGCGUCUGCAGUGCCAUUACCAAUUACUGAGAGCAUUUCAGGGUAUGGAAGGAACCAGGAGGAUUUCAAGCAGUAAUCCUGGGCCCUGUUAAGAGCUUUUCUGCCCCCUAAAUAACUACAUGACAGGCAAGAAAGAUGGGAAGAACAAGACAGAAAUAUUUCUUCACCACCAAAAUUAGAGGCCUGCUAAAUCAGGGCUCCAGAAAUGAAUGGAAAGCAAUCCAAACAACAGGCAAAACUCUCCAGGAUCAAUAAAGCUGUUUGGAAUGAAAAUCCACCGAGGCCUCGGGCAUUAGUCUAUCAGCAGAAUUAUUAAAAGAAAGAACUCCCACUCAAGUGGAUAUUGGACAAUUUUAACAUUACAGUUUCACAACUACCCAACAAGGGACAGGCUGCAGUGUCUGCACUGGGCAGCUGCUCAUCACAGGAAAAAGAAAAGCUGUUAUCUUCCAAAACAUGGUGUUCCUAAAGAAAUUAUACAGGCCAGAGAUGCCAAUUUUGUAAUGUUAUUGGGAAUGCAUGUUCCAGUUUGGGAUUCACUCAGUCUACCAGCAGAGGAGGUUGCAGCCAUCCCAGUCCCUAUUUUAAACAAAUGUUUGCAUAAAGAAGAGUGGUCCCUCCAGGACCCCUCAGUGCUGUUUACUGUGUUACCUGAGCACUCUUUAGGAAUUUGACCCACAAAUAAAAUCUAAUUUUUUACAAUUAUCUUUUCAGUGCACUUGGCUGUGCACUACCCUCUUUUCCCUGCAGCUUUCCACAAGUUUGUGGAUGUUUGUUGAGUGUGACCUAAAUGCUUUUAACAUUCCUGAGGCAUUUUCCCACCUGGUUGCUGCUUUCUCGCAUCCCACAGGGCACCAUUAGAAGCUGGUGGACAGCACCCACUCUGGAUAAGUUUAGCAUUUCAUAUGUGGCAAGUGUAUUCUCUCCACCAUUGUUUUCUUUCCCAACAUAUCUUAAGUGAGCCCUUUACUGUAAAGUUAAAAGUAAAUUAUCUUUUGGAGUAUAAAUGAAAACCCCUACCAUUGUAUUUCAGGCCAAUGCAACUGAAAGCUGAGUACAAACCCCCCACAUUAUGAAGAUUUUGUUUGGAGCUCCCUAAUUAAAUAGUGAUAAAGGAUAUGGAGAGAUUGAAAUGACACUUCAUUUUCUUCUAUUUCAACUCUUCCUGUUUUCUGAAGGUUGUUAACGUGACACCAAAUGUAAAAAAAAAAAAAAGAAAACCCCAACUUCCUACUUCUAAUCUGUUUCAAGUCUUUGUCCUCGUUUCUCUCUGCUUGCAUCAAGUAUUGACAGAAAUGAGACUUUUUUGCUGAAAGGCCUGGAUCAAUCAAAGGUCCAUGAGCACGCAGCCGCCGCCCCUGGCAUGGAGGCCCAGCGCCCGGCAGAUCCCGGCCCGGGCCCUGCCCCGCGGGGCUCCUCGGAGCCUGCCCGGGGCCCGGCCCUGCCCCAGCCCCUGUACCUCAAAGCCCUGACGAUCCCGCUGUUCCAGCCCGUCCAGCCAGGCUGUUUCCAGCCGCACGGGCCCUUGGUGACCGGCAGGAGCUGUGUCCACCUCGACGGCAGCAACAUUCCCCUCAUCCUCAACCCGCUGGUUCCUCCGGAAGGCACGGAGCAGCCUCAGCCGCUUUUCCAGAAACAGCUUGGGCAAAGUCUAACGCUGAGCAUAGUCAGCACUCUACCGGUUUUAUCAUCGCCGAGUUCUUGUGUAAAUGCAUCUCUUGGAAACCUGGGAAAAUCAAAAAAAUCUGGGAAAUACAUCUGCAAACACUGUGGACGAGAUUGUUUGAAGCCAAGUGUCCUUGAGAAACACAUUCGCUCUCACACAGGGGAGAGGCCCUUUCCGUGCACCACUUGUGGCAUUGCAUUUAAAACUCAGAGCAACUUGUAUAAACACAGGAGAACUCAAACACACGUCAACAACACCAGGCUGCCCUCAGACUCUGACAUCAGUGGGGGACCAGAACAAAAUGAGAGAUCAGCAGAGAGCACCACCUCUCCCCAAGGCAGCAAAGUCUUGAGUAGCACCAGUGAAGACCAGGGGAUACACAUCAGACAACCCAGUUCAGAGACCAGUGCAGCAACAGACACCAAGAAACCUCAUGAGCUCUCCCUGCCAGCAACAAGCUCUUCAUCAGCUGCUUCAGAAAAUCAAGAAACAAUAAAUCAGUCCUCCCAUUCAAAGGCUAAUCAGGGGGAUCCUGAAAGAGAACCUCAAAGUUUAUCAUCUCCAGGAGCUUUGCCAAAUGGUCCGUGUCUGAGAAAGAAGAUGCAGGAGCAAAGAUCUCCGACUGCGAAUAAGCACAUUCAGCUGCAAAGGCAGCAGGCAACCUCUUCAGAGAAGCAGUGGGAUUACAAACCCUUGGACUGCAAGCUGAAGAAAUGUGAGAGCACCGACUCGGGGUAUCUGUCGCGCUCCGACAGCACAGAACAGCAGAUGACAUCUUCCAGCCCCUUGCACAGUCUCUACGAGCACAGCACGGAACUGGAAAAUGAAACUGCCUUCAGCAGCCCAAGGUGUGCCUCUGGAAGCACUGCAAAGCCAGAGGCCUCUGACAAAGCUACAGCCUCGAUGCUAGAGAAAAAGAGGCUGGAAGAACACAUUUCAAAGCUUAUUUCGCACAACAAAAGUGUGGUGGAUGACACCCAGUUAGACAAUGUCAGGCCCAGAAAAACUGUCCUUUCUAAACAGGGAAGCAUUGACCUGCCAAUGCCUUACACGUACAAAGACUCUUUCCAUUUUGAUAUCAGAACUUGUGAUGUAAAUAGGAAAAAGAAUCUUUGUUCAGCAAAAUCUACCUUUGCACCCCUGGAGAAAUGCAAGCCAAUGUUUUUCCAUUCAGUUCCCACCCAGUUCUCCACAACAAUCGACACUGUGCCUGUAACUCGGAGCAACUCCUUGCCUGUUGUGGAGGGAGUGAGGAUGGUAUGUGACAAACCAGGUUGCUCAAAACCACUUUCUCUUACUAAGCAGUCUGUAAACACAGGCACUGCUGGUUUGCUGCCUAGCAACGAUCUCACUGCAAGUUCAGUGGAUUUCCCUAAUAGCCAUCCCCGAGCUCUAGUCAGACAAACAGCAGUGGAUGAUUUGCCCCUAAGUAAUGUGGCUGAUCAUCCUUCUCUGUCAGAGGAGCUGAAAGGGACUAAAAAGCUUGGGGCCGGAGAAGUAAUCAGUGCUAAAAAUAAGAAACACAAUCAAAGGAAGUUGAAGAUGUUCUCUCAAGAAAAAUGGCAAAUGUAUGGAGAUGAAACAUUUAAGAAAAUCUACCAAAAAAUGAAAAGCAGUCAAAAUGCCAAGAAAAUUAAACAAAGAGAGAAUAAGAUUACAGAUAUUUCAAAGCUGACUCCUAAUUCAAGGGAAUCAGCUGGCAGCACUGAAAUAACUAAGGAAAGAGAUGGCAGCUCUGCAAGUGACAGUCCUUCCUCCCUUGUGACAGCAGCUUCAACCAUGGGUAAAUCAGGAACCUCUGCUGCUGGUAAUCGUGUUCUGGAGAAUGUGUCCUCGGAGGAAACUGCAGACAGAGUGUCCAACCUAAUGGAGACAUCACAUUCUGUAACUGCUGGAGCUGUAACCAGCCAAACUUCCCGAGAGCUCAGUGGCAGUGACAUGGAGAAAUGCACAGCUGGCAGCAGCACACUGCUGGCUCCAAGCAGUGGUGAGCUCAGGCUACAAAAUCCUGAGAGUCAGCUGAGCAGCCAUGGGAGGAAUGAUGACUGCUUGCCAGUACAGAGUAGCAACCGGGAGAAACCAAGCCCUGGGAAAGAAUCCAAUGCAUUUGAAUUAGAUUGUAAAAGCACUUUACACAAUUAUGGGAACCAUCAUGGGACUAAGGAAAGUGGCCAGCAUGGCUUGACGCCCCCGUGGGUCCACUGCAACAACAGAGAAACUGCAGGGAAAUCCCAGACUUUGCCGUCAGAAAGGAAGAAGCUGAAAUUCGAAGUGGAGAAGACACAAAAUGUGAUUUCAGUGUCCUGCCCUAGUCCCAGCAGUGAAACCACUGCAGUAAGUGAAGCAGAGAGAGACCAUUGCCCUGGCACCCAGUGUCUCCCCACAGCUCCAGUGAAAUUCUCCAGUAAAGCAGAGGAGCAAAAAUCAAGCACAGGGAUUAAUGGAGCCACUGAGGAUGUGGAAUAUAGGAAAACAAUCAAACUUCCCACACAAGCUCUGAAUUACAGUGACAUUAACCUUUCACACACUGCAGGUAUCUCAAAAGCUUCACUGGUGGGAUUUUUAGGGUCUGAAUUAAGGGGAAGUGAUUCUAACUCUUUUGUUUUGCACAAUGUAACACAUGGAGAAGAUAAAACACAUCUUAUAAGAACAGGAGCAAAAGUGCCACUUCCCAAUGACAAUGCUGUGGAUGUAUCUUCUAAAAGCCAUGAUCCACAAUCUGAUCAUUUAAGUCCAGUCCCACAACAAAAUGCCUUCUCUCCAAAAUAUAUCCUUAAAUUGCCACAGGACAAGAGAUCUUCAGAUCUGUCACCUUUGCUUCUAUCUGAACAGGAGAUGACACCUGGCACACCUGUGACAGACACCUUAACCCCACCCUGCUCUUCCAGCAGCACAUUCCUCCAUUCUCAUUCCAGUGAUGUGGUUUGGUCUCCUUCAAAAUCUGAAGUGAGACAAAAGGCUGGCAAAGGAGAAAUUCAAUGGAAUCUUCACUCAAACUGGAAACCUUCAGGAUUCUGUUCACCAGUCAACUCAGAAACCACAAAUAUCUUAACCAUAGCAGAGAAUACCUUUCAUAACCAAAACUUCAAGCAGCAGGAUAUUACAAGAAAGGAUUGGAAAAACAAACAGAACAAAAAUAAAUUAAAUUAUCAACGACAAACAGAAGAGAAGUGGAUGAGUAAAAGUACUUGCUCUACACAGACUCCGAAGAAGAAAAUCUGCUUUACUUCUGUGUAUACAAGUGGCUUUUUCAUAUCUGCUGACAUCAAAGAUGAGAGGAAGGCUUUACAUCACCUUUGCUCAGGAAGUGACUCUUUGAUAAAGACAUCAGUUUCCAGCAAGAGUGCAGAGCCAGCAAUCCUGGGAUGGGACAGAGCGGGGAGUCCACGCAUCCUUAAGGACACCCCACCUCCACUGCAGGAUCUGCAGCAUUCCCAGAGCUCAAGAGACAACCCCACUUAUUUUUGCCAUUCUUUUGGCACUUUCUACUGCCACGCUCUUAACACUCACUGCAAAGGAUUCCCAGUGCUGGCCCACAAUAACAGGACCAGCUACUCUGGCAUUUCUCCAGUACCAGGCUCCAAGAGCACCUUCCCAUCCCUCAGUGCUGAGCCCCGGCUGACCUGGUGCUGUCUGAGCAGGAGCCUCCCCCUGCCCUCGGAGCAGAGUGGGAAUGCAGCCUCUGCCCACCCCUCCAUGCACACCUGGGACAAGGAACCCAGCAGGGAAUGCACCCUGUCGAAAUACGACAUCUCCAUUUUCAAAAUGAGAAAUAUUAGCAAGACUGUGGCAUAUGGCUUAACAAACACAAGCUUAAAAACGUUGGUUUCAUCCUUUUCUAAAGGACACCAGAUGCAGCAGUUAAGCUCAGAAGUUCCUGGUGGUUCUUUCAAAAAUAUUUCAGAGCAAAAGAAGAAAACAGUAGUUUGCAAAAAGGAAAAACUCUCAACAACUAAACUCAAGAGGAGCCACAAACAGAAAAGGAUUAAAGUCACCCCUAAAUGGUACAGAGGGAGGCACAUCCAUGGAUUUGCUCAGCUGAAAAUGAACCGGCUGAGCAAGAGGCCCUGUUUUCCCAACAGAGCUCUGGAUGCUUUGAGAAAGGGCUGCUCAUCCCAACCCUCCAGAUUUAACAAGCAUAAGAAGUGCCAUCCUCCUCAAUCCAAGAUGCAAGAAAAUUAUCUACAACAGCAAAAAGACACAUCAUAUUCCACCUCAGACAAACAACUUUGCAGAAGGAAAAAAGAAGCAAAAAAUAACUCAGGAAUAUCUUCCCAUACUGAAAAUCUAAACCAUGUUAAACAAAAAGACAAAAUGGAUAAAAAAGACAUUUCUGGGCAAAUCAGGGAACACCCAAGAACACACGCCUCUCUCCAGAACAUUACAGCUCCUCUGGGAAUAGCUGUGACAGCUCAUUCCUUUUCCUCCACAGCUGACACAUCCCUGCAGGAAUUCAGCAGGGACGUGGCCAUUUGCUGCUGGGUGACACAGCCCCUCGUGCUCCAGCCAUCCCUGCCUGGGGAAUCCCAGCCAAGCCUUCGCAGCGACCCCGUGGCAGCUUCCUUUGGGUCUUGCCCUGAAUUUACAGGCACAGGUGACCAACCUGACAGCACAAACCCGGAGGCUGCUGCUCCUCUUUCCUUACAUCCAGGAGCAAGCCAGGAAAACAUAUUGAGGGUAGAGUCAGAGAGCCAAAUAUUUGGAAUAUCAGACCUGGUGAUCCAGGCCUCUGGAAGGGGGAAACCUCCAAGUGAAGAAAACACACAUUCACCUCCCACAGAAAAUUCAGCUCCCAGCUCCCAGCCAGGAUGUUCACAUUUGUUUGGAUCACAAGCAGAGUCUGUUCCUGAGACAGUCACGAGGGCUCAGUUACCCAGCAGGGAACACUCACAGAGGGCAGACUUAUCUCAGCACCUCCUGGAGCUGCAUGGAAGUGCAGACGGGAACAGAUCCCACCUGCAGCCCAAUCCCUAUGGAAGGCCACAUGGAACAGCUACUUCUACCUUUAAAAAUUCUCCAGUUACUCUCAGAUCCCCUGAGUUCAAGAGUUAUUCUGCAACACCCCCCAAGACAUACAAAAAGAGAGGUUUAGAGAUGAUGAGGAAACAAACACGGGUGGAAUAUGAUGACACGAGCAGUGAUGAUGAGGACAGGCUGGUUAUAGAAAUAUAGCAGCAGGCUGCUGCCAGGGCUUGUCUGCCAGCCUGUUACAGCAGGAAAUGCCAGGGAUCUUUGAUCCACAGCUCUGAAACACCUUAACAUCAGCAAAGCCAUUCCUCUGUGCCAGAGGCAACACCCUCUUUGGAAGAGCCCUUCCUUUCAAGGACUCAGCCUUUUUUUGAAAAUGCUCAUUUGAGGCUGGCAUGGCACAUUUAAAUGCAAGAGGCAACCCUGUGUUCCUGACAGGUUUCCAGCAUUGUUGACAUUCCUGCCAGUCUCAGAAUUCCCUCAAGUGCUGGCUGCCUGUGGGUGUGUUACUCCAAGCCUGCAGUGGAUUGGGUUAUUUCAACAAUCCAACUGCAGCAGCUUCCUCAGUUCCUCAGCUGCUGGAAGGGUACAGAUGUGCUCUCCUCUCUAUAUUCCUGUUUCUUCUAGUCACUGCCUCUGUACUGGGAGUGACACACUGGCAUUAAGGGGAAGAUCUGUUCCCUAAGGAUCUGUGAUAUUGGAAGAGUCUGGAAAAAUGCUGGUCUUUUUCCAUGUUGCACAAAUGUCAGUGCUUCUGUGUGAGAAAUUACACAAGCAUGCCUUGCUUUGUGUUUUGUGCCUUUUAUGCCAAGAUCUACUCAAAUAUUCUUGAUUUCUAGGUGGAGAAUAUGGGUGUUAACUAUUGGUAUUUCCUUGUGGUAAAAUUUCUGACAAGGAUUCUCUCAUUAUAUUUGUCACAUUGUGCUCCAACUGAUGUCAUCUGGAAUGUUUAAUUUUUAUUGUAAUUUUAACUGCAAUGAUGUCAUUUUAAGGAGGGUAAAGAAGCUAUAUGGCAUAGAUUGUUUUCUUUUUUUAACAAGUUUUGUGCUACAAACCCUGAAAUUUACUGGUUUCUAUGUGAAUAAAUAAUUAGAUAUUUCAAUUUGA